ACCGUGGAUCCAGUCAAUUUUUGUGAGUCAAGACAACGCAGCAUUCGUGGAUGGACACCUUGCUAACAUGCGACAGGGAUACUCAACAGGUGGAAAUGCGCCUGGCAGAAGUAGCACAAAUCCACAGAGCUCGGAGGGUGACUCGUCAACAGAGCCGUGGAUAGCAGGACACGCCCAGAUCAUGAGCCAUGCUCGCGCUGUCGCUGCGUAUAACCGUGACUUCAAGCCACGUCAGGGAGGUCAAAUCGGCAUCUCCUUAAACGGGGAUUUCUUCGAGCCCUGGGACAGCGAGGACCCUCUCGAUGCCGAGGCUGCAGAGCGACGAAUGCAGUUUCACAUUGGUUGGUUUGCCAACCCCAUCUUCCUGAAGCAGGACUAUCCCGCCUGCAUGCGGCAGCAGUUGGGGUCUCGACUACCUGAGUUCACAGAGGCGGACUUUGCGUUGCUGCGAGAGGCAGACUCGGACUUUUACGGAAUGAACUACUACACAUCCCAGUAUGCGCGUCACCGUACUGGUGAGCCUUCAAAGGACGACUACCUGGGCAACGUGGACGAGCUGCAGUCGAACAAACAAGGACAGUCCGCUGGUGAAGCGAGCGGGCUUCACUGGUUGCUUUCCUGCCCGAAAAUGUUCCGCAAGCAUCUGACCCGCGUAUACAAGCUGUACGGAAAACCCAUCUACAUCACCGAGAACGGCUGUCCCUGUCCAGGGGAGGACAAGAUGACACGCGAAGAGUCUGUCAAGGAUGAUUAUCGGUGCCGAUACUUUGCGGAUCAUCUGGAUGCCAUCGCUCGAUCCACACGGGAGGACGGCGCAGUUGUGAAGGGGUACUUUGCGUGGUCAUUGAUGGACAACUUGGAGUGGUCAGACGGAUACGGACCCAGAUUUGGUGUCACCUUCACAGACUACGAGACCCUUGAGAGGACACCGAAGAACUCGGCCCUGCUACUGAAGGAUAUGGUCAAGACGAGGCGCCAGGCUGUUCACUAGGAGCAGCAUUACAACUCGUCAUUGCGAAUCAGCUCUCAAUUGAGAAGCGUUUGUGGACUUAGUUGGGGGAAUGACCUUCCGGGAGUGAGUUAGGCAGGAAUCAUAGCUUGCCUAUUUGGAGUGUCUGUUUAUAGAAUUUGGAGGAAAGAGUGGCUCAAUUGUGACUUCCACAGAUGCAAAAGGCUAUAUGACUAAAGAACAGA